AGUCGCAAUUUAAUAGAAUCAUCAAGUUCUGUAUCAGUGUGUAUGCGACGCCCGGUACGCGGCUCGAGUUACUCAUAGCUCUCGAGCUCGGCAGUGUGUACGUUUUUUGUGUCUCUGUCGGUGGCCAAACAAACCCUAAAAUUCCUGGAAAUAACCUGAGUGUGGUUUCAUCGAAGUGUAGCAAUACAAUAAAAAAAAAUCAGUGCUGUAUCAGUGUGUGUGCGUUGAGCCGCCCGGUACACGACUCGAGUCAGUCAUAGCUCUCGAGCUAAGCCGUCUGUACGUUUUGUGCGUCCGUUUCGGUAGGCAAAUAAGCCCUAAAGUUUCUACGAAUAAUCAAAGCUCGACAGACAUAAUUUUCUAAAUUAAUUGAGAGUGACUUUGUUGCAAAGUGACAAGUGACAACAGACAAGUGAAUCGACUGAGGCAUUGCGUGAGGUGGCGUGAGUUCCGAGAACGCAUUACAGUCGCCACUUUCUUUGAUUUUUUUUCUCCUAUUGACACGUAUUUCAUGACAAGACGGUUUCAGUGAACUCAGUGUGCCAGUGUGCCCGAAUUUCUAGUCUCAUCAAUGUAAAGAAAUCCUUAUCGAAGAACAUUGGUUUCAUCCUGAAACCUCUUAUGACUAAAGAACUUCUCCAGCACUAUACUGCCCAAAAAAAGACGGGAGACAAGUUGUUAUUCACAACUUUACCAAUAUGGUCUUGCAUAAAAGAGGAAUUAAAGAAAGAAGCCAGCAAAAAGAAGAUUCCAGAGUAUAAAGAUGCAGAACUGUUGCAAGGCUUGGGUGGUACCAUCAAUAAUUGUCGUUCCUGGAAGAAUAACAACGAGGACCACAAUGACAAUAAUGGCAGAGAUGAGGAUGACAAUAAUGGCAGAGAUGGAGGAAAUGUUGUGGAAGAUGGUGCACAAAAUGCAGACGACUGAAUGGACACUAAAAAAUAUGACUUAAAAACAUGUAAAGGUAUUCUUUUAAUAAAUAAAAAUGCUGGUACAUUCCAAAAAUAAUAAAUCAACAAGUGUUGAACGAUUUAUCUGAACGGGGUCCCGAGCGACUGGGCUGACACUGAUCCGGAUAGUGGCCCCCAAUAUGAACUGAAUAUCAUCAGUUCAUGAU